AAAGAAGCAAGCUCAAAGAAAUGCAGAGUCACGAUAUCCGCCGGUUGGUGGAGAAAGAGGGCAAAAGCGCACGCAACCUUGUGGCUUGGUCGGUACCUAUCGCAGACAUUACUGCCCCCGGCCAUGAAAGCAACGACGGUUUCCAACAGGUCACCAAAAGAACUAGGAGAAGCAGACAGCGUGCAAGACCCAAGCCCAGAGGUUAUCAGGACACAAGCAGGAGGCCGACUCACCCCUCCAGAACACCCAGUGUAGUAGUGCCGAGUACAAACCGUGGCCCGAGAGUGAGUGAGGAAGUGUGCGUGGUGGUGGCCGAACACUAUUCCAAUAUUCACGCUAAGCAGAGAAAUCGACAAACAAAAUCGCCGAAGAUUGAUUUGCACGCUCGCUACUGGUCAUACCUGUUUGACAACCUCCAUCGAGCGGUGGACGAGCUCUACGCCACCUGUGAGGCAGACGAGAGUCCAAUAGAGUGUCAGGAGGUAAUAAUGACUCUGGAACUGUGUCAGAAAGACUUCGAAGCACUCAUCCGAAGAUUCCAACUCUUUGAGCAGCAACAACUACAGCCAAAGCGUUCCAAUCUAGCAUGGGAAGUUCGCAAAACUACCUCCCCCAUUAAAUUGUCCUCGAGGCGUUCGCUUUCACCGUCUGCAUCCUCAGCACACCGUCACUACCCACACAAAGAUCACACAGUCACACCCUCACAUCAUCACCCCGACGCCCUCGCACAAAGCCAGCCGUCUGAACCAAAUGAAUCUCUUCCUCUCACUAACAUCAAGCAAUCAAAUGACACUACUAAAAAGGACCACCCAGUUUCCAACUUAGACAAACCUGUUCUUCAAGCUACCAAAUCGACCAUCAACAAUAGAAGUAUUGCAAACACAGCAUCUAUAGACACUGACACCCACCCUAAACCCAUCAUCCUAUCCAGACCCUCCUCUGCAAGAAGCCUGGAUUUUAGCAGCUGUUCUUGCGAGGGAAGAGUUGACGCUCCCUCGCUGCUUAGAAGAAGUAAAAGUCACGGGAAAGCCGAUUCUGCGACAAAGACGACCGGAGAUGGACUCACAUGGGCUGAUAGAGUGAGUGGACGAACCAAACCAAUCAUGAGAGUAAAGAGCUCUGCAUCAGACAGUGGCAGUGUUGUACCACCAGCACCAGAGACGGUCCUCAAGGCCACGGAGGAGGAUGCAGAGGAAGGAUGGGAGAAGGUGACUCGGUUUCGUAGUAAAAGUGCUUGCUCUGGUUCAAAAUCCACACAUAACGGACAUCACAAACACAAGCUCAAGAACAGAACUAGUAAACUGAGCUCAAAAAAUCGCAGUAAAAGCAACUCGAGUAGUCGCAGUGAGAGCUCCAAUAGCCACAGUGGAUCAUCAUCUAUUGAGCCGUUAACUCCAGUGUUUGAUGAACUUGUCGUGAUACCGGCUGAGAGCAAGCCCCUGGAAGUGGAGACUGUUAUAUCAUCUGUCAGGGUUGAGACUGGUGGGGAUAAGGAGGAGGGAAGAGUGACGUUGAAGGAGCUAGCUGCAGCGGAGGAGGUCGUCAUGGAGGAAGAAAAGAAGGAAAUAGAAGUACCUACAUCAAACAGCGAGGCUUGGACAUGGAGUGAUGUAAUGGCCGACUACGAGGCUGGUGAGAGUUAUCGACAGGAGGUGUCUUGGGCAGACCGUUGUGACUCUUCCCCCGAGGCCCUCUCUGAUAUCACCCGUUCACCAGGAAGGGCCAUUCACCUGCAUCAACGUCUGUCAUCACCAUCUAGGAGAAGACUAGAGGAUGUUGAAGAGUCACGCAGGAUGUCCCAGGAGAAACAGGAAAAGGCGGAGCAGCAUCGCUACAGACUUCAAGAGGAGAGGACACAGAAAUAUAAAAUGGCCUCAGACAAGGUUCGUGGGGUCAGGGAGAGCCGUGAUGCCAAGAUACGUCUGCAAAGAAACGCAUUGGAAGGAAAACUACAGAGAGCCGAGAUGCUGAGAGAGUCACACUUGCAGGAGAUUGUACGCAAGGCUCAGGAGGAGGACGCAAAGGUCAGUGAGAUCUCCUUCAUCAACACACUGGGGGCACAGAACAAGAAAAUGGAGGUGUUGGAGAGACAUGAGGUACACAGAGCACGACUCCAGGAGCUCCAGGAUGAGAGGCAACGGAAGAGGGUGGAGCAACUGGCCAAGGAGGAGGCAGCAAUGGAACGCAGGAGGAUGCUCGAGUCAGAGCGUGUGGCUAAACUUAUGGAACAAGAGGUGCGUAGGAAGGAACAAGAGGCCAAGAUAGAUCAGAUGAAACAAGAUAGAGAGAGAGUGAGAGAAGAUGUUGCCAGAGAAAAGGCCAGAGAGAGGGAGCGGAAGUUGGAGGCCAGGAAUGCAGCCAUUCAAACCUCAGUCGAAGAGCUGGAGAGGAAGAUACAACAAAAGCAAUACGAGUCAUCUCGUCGCUAUGGGGAACAGUUGGAGCAGAAGAAGCUGGUAGCUGUGUCCGUGUCACGACACGCUUCAACAGACGAUGCUCCGAGAGUGGAGGUGUACAAAAAGAAGAAGUGGUGCACUCUCUGUGAUGUCGAGAUCAUAUCUGAAGUGUACCUUCUGGGUCACCUGCGUGGGAGGAAGCACCAGGAAGCUAUUGCCUCUCUCCCCCCUGACCCUGAUGAUGAGGGGGCAGAACCUGAGACCCCUAUAAUCAUCGAGGCUGACGAGGAACAGCAGCGACUGCCCGUGGAAAAACCAGAGGUGGUUGAAAGAAUGAGGAUGGGCAAGAAACGAGCCAAGAAGAUCAGACAUAGAAUGGCUAGCAGACUGAAGGAGGACUCAUGGCCAGGUGCAGCAGUAUCGGCCAUGCAGUGUAAGAGUAGGCCCAAGAUGGUGCGAUCCAUCAAAGAGCUUAAUCGACAAUUAGACGCUGUCCAGACCCCCACAUCUCACACACUCACGUGGGAGCCCUCACAUGUUACACAUAUUGAGCGUUGCCUUGGUGACUUGUCUCGUUGCUUGUUGUCUGGUGGGGCUGAUGAUCGAUUGUGUUUCUGUCAGCUAGGAGGACUCUCUGCUGUCCUGAGACUGUUCCUACUAACCAUGAUGGAGGGGAGUGGGAAGAAGAGACCAUCAGACAAAGCUUUACAGUACGCUGUCAGCAUCCUACAGAGCUCUUGUCCUGGUCACCGUGACAAUUGCACUUAUCUCGUCCUCUCAAACAAAAUGGCGUCUCUCAUUGACCUCUCUCUACAACUGCUCUCAGAGGUCUUCCCCAGUCAUGAAGUAGGCGGGGCCUCACCAGGGUCAAAGGUGACGUCUCUAUGUGGUGGUCUGCUGGGAAUACUGGCUGGCAUUAUCAGCACCCUGGCUACCAAUCCGAGGGAGGAACUGAGCCAACCAGUGCUCGACCUUAUCAGCUAUCUGGUGAGCGUUGGUGUACUCGACAAGCUGAGUCUCUACUUCGGCACCAUCAGCGGGCCUAUUGGAGACCUCUCUGUUACUCAACUAGUUCUCUCUGCUAUUAACCUCAUUGUGGCUGUCACUGCUUGCAUGCACACCAGAGUGGUGGGUGUGUUCUCUGGCUGCGAUGACUCCUCCCUCCUCGCUCUAGUGCUCCACCAGACUGAGCUGGUGGGCCUCAUGCAGCUGCUCUACGCUAUCCUGCUCGCUGACGGCCCACCUCGUCACUCCUCCACACCCCCACCCCUCACACAACACACGCUCGCUAUCGCCACGGCUACCAUCAAGGCAGUCAAUAACUCGGCUAUACUGGACUUACAUAUGAUGCAGUCAUGCUUGGGUGCCGAGGGAAUAUCACUCGAGUUUCGUCACGUGGUCAGCUAUCUACUAUGGUACUGUUCCCAUAACAACAGUGCUUGCUUACUCCAUGAGCUUAUUCUGACAGUCGGAUACUUCUGUGUCUUGAACAAAGAUAACCAGGUUUUUCUCCAAAGUGGACGCAGUCCUACUCUUCUUCAGCUCCUUUGCGACCUCCCUUUCCAAUACUUCAGCAAUGCUGAGCUGACUAAACUGCUCUUCCCCACUUUGAUAUCGGCCUGUUACCAGUUCCCUGAGAAUGUGUGUAUACUGGAACUAGAGAUCAGUUGCAAGCUUCUAGUGGCCUUCCUGCAAGAGACGUUGGCAAGGGAACAGACUAAAGGCGUGUCCACAAAGGCUGCAGCUGGACAACAAGACUUGAGUGGACUGGAGUACAGGUUCCCUCGAGCUCAUUGGGAGGAAGCCAUCAAGUUUUUUAAUCGAUGAACUAAUACUGAACAUUAUUAAUACCUUAUAAGUUCGACCCUGUUUGAUGCUCAAAAGCCUUCAUUGCUAUUAUACCAUCAUUUUUUUCACUCUUAUUGUUGUGUUUUGAUCUCAUUGUGCAGAAUUAUGAUUAUUGACUGCUAAGA